CACGUCCACAUCCUGUCACAGGUUCUAUCCAUCGCUACAAUGGCUUCGCGUUUGGCUAAGAGCACCCUCGGUGCCGCCCGGUUGCGGCCGACCCUUCCCUCGCGCAAUGUCGCUCCCAUCACGGCCACCUUGACCGCGUCCCGCUCGGCCUCCAGCGUCUCUACCGAGGACCCCAAGAAGAAGGCUCAGUCCAUCCUCGAUGCUCUGCCCGGCAACUCCCUGGUUUCCAAGACUGCCACCCUUUCCGCCGCCGCCGGUCUGUCCAUCGCCGCCAUCAGCAACGAGCUCUACGUGAUGAACGAGGAAACCGUUGCUGCUUUCUGUCUUCUCAGCGUCUUCACUGCCGUCUUCAAGUACGGUGGUCCUGCUUACCGCGAGUGGGCUGAGGGUCAGGUCCAGAAGCACAAGGACAUCCUGAACGCUGCCCGUGCCGACCACACCAACGCCGUCAAGCAGCGUAUGGAGAACGUCAAGGAGCUGUCCGGUGUUGUUGAGCUCACCAAGCAGCUCUUUGCUGUUUCCAAGGAAACCGCCCAGCUCGAGGCCAAGGCCUACGAGCUCGAGCAGCGCACUGCUCUGGCCACCGAGGCCAAGCAGGUGCUUGACUCGUGGGUCCGCUACGAGGGUCAGGUCAAGCAGCGCCAGCAGCGCGAGCUUGCUGACAGCGUCAUUGCCAAGAUCCACAAGGAGCUUGAGAACCCCAAGGUUCUCCAGCAGAUCCUCCAGCAGAGCGUUGCUGAUGUUGAGCGCAUCAUGUCCUCCAAGGCUCAGUAAACGACUGCAUGGAUAGCUUGGCACUAAGUCUCAUGUACAAAUUAAGAUCAUUUCUAUUAUCAGUUAGAAUACCAAGUACUGGUUGACAAGCC